GGUCACCGUGGUCAGUGAAGAUGGGGAACGAAGAUCGGCACCGUCGUUUGCUGUCAGUGCGCGUAGAGACACCAUCGGUAGGUGAGCGUGGUACGGCCGCACACCUAGUACGCAGCAGCAGUCGAAGCACCACGCAAGAGUCAACCCACAAUGUCUGCGCUGAGUAAGUACUUCGACCAGGCGAUCACGGGCGCUACCUGUCGGGACAUUCUACAUCCCGGGAUCGGCUGUGAGCAGUUUGCCUGGACCAACCUGUUCGGCACUGCACGCUCCAACGUACACUUCUUCCUGCCCAUCUCGCUGCUCCGGCUGGUCCUGCUCGUGUACAAUCGGCGUGCAGUGUCACUCGAGAUUCUACGCCAAACGUCCCGCGAAUUCGGUGCCAUGAUGCUGAACGCACUGUGCGUUGCCAACUGCUGGACUGGCAUGUUCUGCCUGAUGAUGCGCACCACGGGCCGUAUACACGACAACUUUUCCGUCUCGCUGGCACCGCUGCUCGGUGCGUGCGCCAUGUUUCUUAUGCCGGCGUACGUACAGACGACCCACGCCAAGGCCAUCGUCGUUGCGAACCUCGAGUGUUGGAUCAAAUCGCGCGAAAGCCGGCUUAUCGAGUGGAUGCGCGACUCCCGAGCCACCGGUACACUCUGCUUCAUGCUCAUCAGUGCGGGAAUCGCUCGGUAUGCACGCAAAACACGCCACCGGACCGAGUUUUGGUUCAUACAACCACUCAAGCGGAACUACAACCAGUCGCGAAGGGAUAAGCCCAACCAGGCAGCGGCUGAGCAUGGAUGCUAUCAUCAGGAAAGUAGCUGUGCGCGCUACGUCCUGAGCGGUAUGCGGACGUACUUUACCUUCGGUGCGAUCCUGGAGCUAGCUCGUCGACUUAUUGUCACCAUCGGACAACUCCAUCAGACACCCAGCGAAAGGAUACGAUCAUUGCUAAACCUACGCUACCGGUUGAUAUUCUUCCUGACACUGUACAACGGAACGUUUCGGCUGGUAACCUGUCUGCUAGCUCGGCGUCGUCAGCAGGUGAAGGAGUACGAUAACACAAUCGCCGGUUUCGCAAGCGGCUUCUGGUACUAUGUGUGUCCGAGCUACAACAUCUUCAACCUUGCCGUCUGUGCCUUAACGCAGACACACUGGAACUUCUUGAUGGAGAAGUACGCAAAGCAGGCGCUCGUACAACGACUUGAUCGGGUCUCCUUCUCCUCGCUCGUGUGGAUCAUCUCGAUGUGCUAUGUGACCUACUCCCGUGCUUACUACCCGUGGGCGAUGUCCAAGUUUGCUCUCAAGUUUAUCGAUAUCUGUUCCAACUAUGCCUCUCGAACUGCGUCAGAGAAUUUCGCUGCUCGAUACUUUGCGCCUCAGUGAUACGACGACACACGGGAGAUGGGAUGCUGCCAUUUUUGUUCUUAUUUGCACUAGUUAACGUGUUUCCUUUUACAAUGUUUUAGUUUUAAUGCAACGGUCAAUAGCUCUAGAUGUGGCGUGAUGUUGGUUGUUCAGGAUUUAGUUUAACGAGUGGCAUUUGUUUAUGUGUAGUGUUUAAUCUAACCAAAGAAUCUCCUUUA